AUGUCCAAUCCAUAUGAUAAUUCAGCCAUCCACCCAACUCAUUCAAUAGUUGAAGUACCUUCAAAUGAUCCAACAAGAAUAUCAAAUACUCAAUCUUCAUUCGAUUUAGAGAAGAAUGAUAAGGCGGAAAAAUUCCUUACUGAAGAAAAUACAACCACUGAUGAAUUAUCAAAAGAAUUAAGUGACUACGAAAAUAACCAACUUGAAGCAAGCACAUCAAAACAGAAAACACACUUAACAAAUUGGCAGAAAUUUAAAUUGAAAUUCCCUUGGUACAAAAUCGCAUUCCAAGUAUUUUUAGGUUGCUUUUUCACAUCGUGGUGGUUAUCCAUCGUUAUCCAACCAAGACAUCGCCAUCAAUGGUUAAUACCCACUGUAUUAUGGGGAAUGAUUAUGGUUCGAUUAAUUACUUGGCAUUGUAGAAUUUUGCCUUGGUGUUUAAAACAUGUUAAAUACGUUUGGGAUUAUUGUUGUGAUAUUAUAUAUACAAAGUUAUUCCCACAACGGUAUCAACGAUUAUUAGCCGGUGCAACAAUUGUUAUUGCUGUGGUCUUGUUGGGUACUUUUAUCCCCACGGAGACUGAUUUUUCAAAGAGACCUGAUCGUGCAAUUUCAUUUUUUGGUUGCCUUGUUGCUAUAUUUGGGUUAUUUAUUACUUCAAAAAACCCAACCAAGAUUCAAUGGAAUACAGUAAUUGGUGGGUUUUUGAUGCAAUAUAUCGUGGCAUUAUUUGUAUUGAGAACAAAAUGUGGGUUUGAUGUGUUUAAUUUCAUUUCAACAUUAGCUAGAGAAUUAUUGGGAUUUGCAAAAGAUGGGGUUGCAUUUUUAACUAAUGAAGACAUUGCCAAUAAACAAUGGUUUUUUUUCACAGUGUUACCAUCAGUUGCAUUCUUUGUCGCAUUUGUUCAUAUUUGGUAUUACUUUGGUGUUAUUCAAUGGGGGAUUAGAAAAUUUGCAUUCUUCUUUUUCUGGUCAUUACGAGUAUCGGGGGCAGAAGCGAUGACAGCUGCUGCUUCUCCGUUUAUUGGAAUUGGUGAAUCAGCAAUCUUGAUUAAAGAUCUUAUGCCAUAUUUAACCAAAGCUGAAUUACAUCAAGUUAUGACUUCAGGAUUUUCAACCAUUUCCGGUGCUGUAUUAGUGGGAUAUAUCGGAUUGGGUUUAAACCCGCAAGCAUUAGUCAGUUCUUGUGUGAUGUCAAUUCCUGCGUCUUUAGCAGUGUCUAAAUUGAGAUACCCUGAAACUGAUGUACCGGUAUCCAAUGGUAAAGUAAUGAUCACCACUGACAAAAAUAUUGAUGGUGAAGAAGAUAUGGAUAAACCUCAAAAUGUAUUACAAGCAUUUUCCAAUGGUGCAACUUUAGGAUUGAGAAUCGCCGGAACUAUGUUGAUUCAAUGUAUGUGUAUUAUUGCCCUUGUUGCAUUAUGUAACGGGAUUCUAACUUGGUUUGGUAAUUAUUGGAAUAUUCAUGAAUUAUCAUUAGAACUCAUGUUGUCGUAUUUGUUUUACCCCAUUGGUUUCCUUCUAGGUACACCAAGAAAUGAAAUUUUGCUAGUUACGAAGUUGAUUGCUUACAAAUUUGUUCAAAAUGAAUACGUUGCUUACAACUUGUUGAUUAACCAAGCACCAUACAAUCAAUUAUCACCAAGAGGUACAUUGAUUGCAACUUAUGCAUGUUGUGGAUUUGCCAAUUUGGGAAGUUUGGGAAUUACAUUGGGGGUAUUAAACACUUUAACUAAUAAUUCAAGAGCUAAGGAUAUUUCUCAGAGUAUUAUGUCGGCGUUGUUUUGUGGUGGUAUUGCUACUCUUACUUCAGCAGCAAUAUCAGGAAUGGUUUUACAUGAUUUGAAGAAUUUUAUAAAUUGA